CUAAACACACUUCCGGAGCUACAAGGUGUUGAUGAAUUUGGGCAAAAUACAGACAACCCGCAGCUUGCACAUGUGGAAGCCGUCUGUAUUGCAUGGUUUACAAUGGAAUACCUCCUGAGAUUCUUGUCGUCGCCUAACAAAUGGAAAUUUUUCAAGGGACCCCUUAACGUCAUUGAUCUGUUAGCAAUCCUCCCAUACUAUGUCACAAUAUUCCUCACAGAAUCAAACAAAAGUGUACUUCAAUUCCAAAACGUUAGACGGGUAGUACAGAUUUUCCGGAUCAUGAGGAUACUACGGAUUCUAAAGCUUGCUAGGCACUCAACUGGCCUCCAGUCUUUGGGUUUCACAUUACGAAGGAGUUAUAAUGAACUUGGUCUGCUCAUUUUGUUUUUAGCAAUGGGUAUCAUGAUUUUUUCAAGCUUGGUUUUCUUUGCAGAAAAGGAUGAGGACGAUACAAAGUUCAAAAGUAUCCCAGCAUCUUUCUGGUGGGCAACCAUCACAAUGACCACAGUUGGGUAUGGAGACAUCUACCCUAAAACUCUUCUGGGUAAGAUUGUUGGUGGUUUGUGCUGUAUUGCUGGGGUGCUGGUGAUCGCUCUUCCAAUUCCAAUUAUAGUAAAUAAUUUCUCAGAAUUCUACAAGGAACAAAAAAGACAAGAAAAAGCCAUCAAGCGUAGAGAAGCUCUUGAAAGAGCAAAACGAAAUGGUAGCAUCGUUUCCAUGAACAUGAAAGACGCCUUUGCUCGUAGCAUAGAACUGAUGGAUGUAGUGGUUGAAAAGACUGAAGAGGUGGCAGGAAAGAAAGACAAAGUACAGGAUAAUCAUUUAUCUCCUACCAAAUGGAAAUGGACAAAGAGAACCUUGUCAGAGACGAGUUCCAACAAGUCUUUUGACACAAAAGAACAUGGGUCUCCGGAGAAGAAUCGCUCAUGUUCAAGUCCCCAGCACCUUAAUGUUCAACAACUAGAAGAUAUGUACAACAAAAUGGCAAAAACACAAUCACAACCAAUACUCAACUUGAAAGAAUCCAGUCAGUCAGGCAAAGAGACAGAAGAGCUGGAAAUGGAAACAAUCCCAUGUCCAGCCAUCCCAUUGCUGACCACUCACAAGUCAGGUAUUGUGGACAUGAGAAGCAUGUCCAGCAUAGACAGUUUCAUCAGCUGUACCACUGAAUUUCCAGAAUCUGGUGGUUUCUUACAUGGACCGUUGGCAGUUCUGCCAUAUAAAACAAAUAUAGGUUCAGGGCAGGAUACACCCUCUGAUUGGGACAGACCACUCUCCUUAGAUGUCAGUGGUGAGAGCUUCACUGAAAUAAGCCCAAGGGCUGAAAGGAGUCGGCAUUCUGCAUACAUGUUGGACAGUCCCAAAAGUUUAGUUAAAGUUAAAAACCCACUAAUGCUGAGAUCCCUAAAAGUCAACUUUUUAGAAGGUGAUACAAGGACAAUAGUACCAGCACCAAAUAUGCUGAGCCAGUCAGAGCAUAGACAGAGUCACUCUAAGUUGGACAGCUCUUACUUUUCUGAGCAGUCUGUUCGCAGCCCUGAAACGUCACUGUAUACAACAGCAAGUGCUAGAACACCUUCAAAGUCUCCUGAAAAACACAUGGCAAUAGCUUUCACUUUUCACGAUGCUAAUGUACAUAAAUAUAUAGACGCUGACACAGACGAUGAGGGACAGCUUCUCGAUGGCUUGGAUUCCUGUCCCUCUAAAGAGUUACUGGGCACUGUGAGCCCAAAAUAUAACAUAAGAUACAGUAGUCACCAAAAGCAGAGAGAUACUGUUCACAGAACAGAAAAGAAUCACCUUGAGAGUGCUGCUUUAUCCAGUUCCUCGCGGUACCGAGGACAAAACUGCAUUUACUCCACAGAAGGGAUUACUGGAAGUAGUCGAGGUAACAUGGAACCUGUCAAGAUAGAUAACCAUAUUUCACCAGAAGUCCGUGUGCUACCUGGGGGGGCGGACAGUCAAACACACAUGGGCCCAGAAUCUGACACAUUCAAACUUUGUGAUGAAUGGAAUGUUCAUAUGUGCACACUGAGCUUCUGCAUGGCAUUGAUAACUAGCAUCUUCUCCCCUUAGUCAGUGGGAGGGCAUAGAGAGGAACACUGGACAGGCCUCCUCUCAAAGUGACUGAAGGAUGAUUUCCUGAACCAUGCUAGAAAUGUCACUGACAACUCAGAUAGAAAACUCUGCAAUGAUUUUAUCUCCUUUAAUGAACUUCUCUCUUGAAAGCCAUUGUGACCAAAAAUGCCCCUAAUUAAGAUGAACUCGCUUUUUAUUUCAUUGUAUACAUACUUUCAUUGCAUUACCUUUACGGUGAAGGUGAGAAAUACAUGACAUGCUCAAAUAUUAAUGCUCAAAUAUUUCUUGAGUAAAAUACAUAAAAGCAUCUCUGUGUAGCUUCACUGUGGUCACACAACACAACACCAUACUGUAUCUCUGGGGGAAUAAAGUGCUGUGUUUCUCCAAUACACCAAUCAAUAACUCUAGGCAAACAAGGUGCAUGUUUCUCCAAUGUACCACUCAAUACCGAGUCUAGAGGAAUAUAGUGCUGUGUUUAUCCCCAUGUACCAAUCGAUAUCUCUAAGGGCAUAAAGUGCUGUGUUUUUUCCAGAGUACAGUACCAGGUGGAAUAAAGUGCUGUGUUUCUCCAAUGUACUAACCAAUAUCUCUGGGGGAUAUUGUGCUGUGUUUUUCCCAAUGUAUGAAUUGAACUCUGGGGGAAUAAAGUGCUGUGUUUCUCCCGAUGAACCAAUCAAUAUCUCUGGGGGAAUAAAGUGCUGUGUUUCUCCAUUGUAUUUCUCAAUACCUCUAGAGGAAUAUAGUGCUGUUUCCCCCAAAUGUACCUUGUCUCUGGAGGAAUAAAGCACAGUGUUUCUCCAAUGUACAAAUCCAUAUCUCUGGAGUAAAAAAGUGCUGUUCUCCAAUGUAAUACUAAUCAAUAUUUCUGGGGGAAUAAAGCGCUGUGUUUCUCCAAUGUACCAAUCCAUAUCUCUGAAGUAAUAAAGUGCUGUGUUUCUCCAAUGUACCAAUCCAUAUCUCUGGGGGAAUAGAGCGCUGUGUUUCUCCAAUGUUUUAAUCCAUAUUUCUGGAGUAAUAAAGCGCUGUGUUUCUCCAAUGCACGAAUCCAUAUCUCUGGAGUAAUAAAGUGCUGUGUUUCUCCAAUGUACUAAUCCAUAUCUCUGGAAUAAUAAAGCGCUCUGUUUCUACAAUGUACGAAUUCAUAUCUCUGGAGUAAUACAGCGCUGUGUUUCUCCAAUGUACCAAUCCAUAUCUCUGGAGUAAUAAAGCGCUGUGUUUCUCCAAUGUACCAAUCCAUAUCUCUUGGGGAAUAAAGUGAUAUGUUUCUCCAAUGUACUAACCAAUAUUUCUUGGAGAAUAUAGUGCUGUGUUUUUCCCAAUAUGCCAUUCAGUAUCUCUGGGGCAAUGAAGUGCUGUGUUUUUUCCUAAUGUUCCAAUGGAUACCUCUAGAGGAAUCAAUAGUGCUGUGUUUCUCCAAUCAUGUACCUAUAAAACACAGGCAAGGUGAGUUGCAUCAGUUGUCAUGGACUUGGGGUGUCAAAUACGUGACAUGAAAUGAUUGUACAGUGCAUUGUUUUAAUUACAGUUAUUUGAAAGCUGUUACUAUGGUUGAUCAGGGCAUUCAAUAUUUUAGUGCUAAAGAAAUAACACAUUGGGUCUUAGCAUUGUCUAGAGCAGGGGUGGGCAAUUAUUUCAGCUGAGGGGCCACUUGACAUUUCCUGUCAGUAUCCGAGGGCCACAUACAAAAUAGCAGCUCGCCCCACUUGCCAAAAAUAUAGGGACGUGGCUUCAUGUGGAAGGGGUGUGGGCAAAAAAUAAUACAGAUUCAUAUUAGGCUGCACAAUAGUCUCCAUUAUUCAAAUUGCGCCACUUACACACAUUACUCCUGGUAGAGCCCCUUUUACACACAUUACGGCAGGUAGAGAGCCUUUUUACACAUUAACAUUUUAUUUAGGAUAAUUAUUGUGCAGCAAGCAAAUUAUCCAGUGUGUUAUGGCCCCUGGGGAAAGGUGUGACAUGGUGACAGAACACGGUGGGGGUGACACGGUGACAGAACACGGGGGGUGUGACACAGUGACAGAAC